AUGUUAUCUGGAACCUGGAAGAGAUGUUUGUCCGACCCUCUGAUUUGCCGCUCGUCACAAACACUGGCAGUCAUAGGGAAGACGGCUUACAUCUAUGGAGGCGAGAUCAGACCUCGUGAGCCGGUUGAUUCGAGCCUUUACUCUUUCUCGAUCGGUCAAGAUGAGUCUGUCCAGCAAAUUCCCAUCUCCGCCAUCACGGCAUCGCAUGCACCACAGCCACGAGUGGGCACGGCCUCGACAGUCAUCCAAGGAAAGAUGUUUGUUUUCUCAGGGCGCGGGGGCACUGCUAUGGCACCCAUUGAGGAGCAUGGUGCUUUUUGGAGCUUCGACCCUGCCACCCAGUCCUGGUCUGAAAUCACGCCUCAGGAUCGUGAGUCGCCCUUUCCUCCCGGCCGCAGCUAUCACGCUCUUGCAAACGAUGGAAACGAUACCAUAUAUCUGCACUCUGGGUGUUUGGCGAAGGAUCGGCUGGCCGACUUGUGGGCAUUUGACGUCUCUCAGAGGAAAUGGCGGCAGUGUGCGGCAGCACCUGAUCCGCCGCGGGGAGGAGCAUCGAUCACCUUUGCCUCAGGGAAGCUCUGGCGCAUGAAUGGAUUCGAUGGGACCAAGGAGCAAGGCGGCACUCUUGACAUCUUUAGCCCUGGCGAUAACAGUUGGAGCACGGUGCGAUUUGCCGCAGAUGGCCGAGAGGGUCCUUCACCAAGAAGCGUCUGCUGCUUGCUGCCAUUGAAAAUCCGUGGUCGCGAAACGCUCCUGACCAUGUUCGGAGAGAGCGACCCGAGCAGUCUUGGACACCAAGGUGCAGGCAGAAUGCUGGGCGAUGUAUGGGUCUUUGACGUUGACUCUGGGCAUUGGCAGGAGAUUCUUCCCCAGGGAGGGAGCAAGCCGCUGCCGCGUGGUUGGUUCGCUGCCGAUGUGGUCGCCGAUGUGGUCGCCGAUUCCACCGUUCUGCUCCAAGGCGGCCUAUCAAUGUCAAACGAACGACUUGACGACGCAUGGUUGCUCGAGGUGCACUGA